AUGGAAGAAGCCGCGGAGUUUUCUUUUGCCAAACUGGAAAACCUUUCACACCGCAAGUAUAAUAGGGAUGUGUUGCCGUGCACGCUGAAGCUAACUGAAGCCAUCCCUCCUGCCAAAACGUCUGCUAAUCCCCGAGAGCUCGCCCAACUACCAGCAGGCUUCUGGGAUGCUCCGUUGUGCCACGUGAGGAAGGGCUGUGGGUCCUCGUCAGGAAAAGCUGCUCCUGACAGACCACCUCCCCCUGCCCCGAGACCUGUCCACUUGUCCACCACACCGGGAGGCCCUCAGCUUCAAACUCGCAGCCCAUCUGAGCUUGGAUGUAGCCAGUCCAACGGAGCACUCUGCUUCAUCAACCCCCUCUUCAUAAAGGUGCACCAAGCAGAUGGCGUCCACAGCACCACUUCAGAUACCUCCGCUACAGCAAGGCAAGGGCCGAGGGAGGCAGCAGUCCUUAGUGACCGCCUAGAAACCACCAAUAAGGACACUCAACAGAAGGACAGUCCCCAGGUCUGUAGCUCAGAUCAAAGUUCAGAAGCUAAGUGCUUAAAAACGGUCCAUACCUCCACCUCGCAUUGUGCCGCAACGCCUGGCCCUCCUCCCCGACAGCGCAAAAUGCCAGAGAAGAUUCCCUGGAUCAAUGAAAAGCUGGAAGGGGGCACCAGCCUCCUUUAUCGUCUGGGCUCCUCGCUCAGCAUCAGCCCCUCAUCCUCCCCUCCCAAGAGACUCAGCAUCAGCUCCCCCAUAUCCAUCCCCAGGCCCUCCCUGCCCAUCUCUUUCCCAUCUCUCUCCUACUCUCCACGUCGGGCCAAGGCCUCGCCAUCGUCCAGCCAGGAAGAUGCCCAGUGCCACUUGGCGCUGGAGGACCAGACUAUUGAGAAGGCCCUCAUAAGAGCCAGACUGUCUCAGUGUAAUGCCGCCAGAGCCCGUGCACAGGACUCCAGCAGCCCUCCUGAUGGUUCACUUACAAGCAAACAGGCCGACGUGACAGGUGGUGGAGAAGAAGAAGAAGAAGAAGAGGCGAGCAAGGAAAGCCGAGGUGGUGGCGGCCAGCGCCAGAGUGACAUGAGCUUCUCCACGGAUUCGUCAGACUCUCUGGAUUUCUCUCAGUCCUCGGCCUUCUUCCUCCCUCCUCUGCACGACCCGAGUCCCCCCACUGUGGAAGACUUCGACACCCACCUCCCGCUCUCCCUCCCUCCGUCGCAUCUGCCGUGGAGGGAGGAUGAUGAUGAUGACGAGGAUGACGACGAGGAGGAGGAGCCGGACUUUGGUGCAAGCGUCGAGAGCGAUCAGGACCAGGACCUUACCAUGGUGCCGCCGGGUUACCGCACAAAACGCCGUGCGAGUGCCAGCGCCUUGGUGCUGCAGAAGGCUCUGCAGGGGCAGCUGCGCAAGAUGAGCGGGGUGUUCAACUCGCUGCUGACGCCGGAGAAGAGGGUGAUCCGUAGGGUGGUGGAGCUGUCCAGGGACAGGAGCUCGUACUUCGGCUCCCUGGUGCAGGACUACCUGAGCUACAUGGGCGAGGGUGCAGGCACCCAGGCCUGGCAGGGCUACAACUCGGGACUGGAGCUGCUGCAGACUCUCCGACAGUUUAUCACUCAGAUGAAAAUCUACCUGCGACAGAGCUCCGAGUUGGAGCCGCCAAUCGAGAGCCUGGUUCCUGAAGAGCAGAUCGACGCCGUCCUGGAGAAGGCCAUGCACAAGUGCAUCCUGAAGCCCCUCAAGCCGGUGGUGAACGUGGCCCUGCAGGAGUUCCAGGUGCGCAGCGGCGAGUGGCAGGAGCUGAAGGAAAACCUGUCGCUGGCCAAGGCCCGUAAGCCGCAGGAGAUGGGCGUGGCCGACGCGGUGCCCCCGGACCCCGUGGCCAUGGACAAGAUCAAGCACAAGUUCCACACCAUGAGCAAAAUGUACUCCCCCGAGAAGAAGGUCACCAUGCUGCUGAGAGUCUGCAAACUCAUCUACACCAUCAUGGAGGACAACUCAGGUCGUCUCUACGGUGCUGAUGACUUCCUGCCCAUGCUGACCUACGUUCUGGCUCAGUGCGACGCUCCCCAGCUGGACAACGAGAUCCUUUACAUGAUGGAGCUGCUGGACCCCUCUCUGCUGCACGGAGAAGGGGGCUAUUACCUGACCAGUGCUUACGGAGCCAUGUCCCUGAUUAAAAACUUCCAGGAGGAGCAGGCAGCCAGAGUGCUGAGCUCUGAAACCAGAAACACGCUGCACCAGUGGCACCGCCGACGCACCACGCAACGCUCUGCACCGUCAAUCGACGACUUCCAGAACUACCUGCGCGUGGCGCUGCAGGAGCUGGACAGCGGCUGCACGGCCAAGACGCUGCAGGUGCGGCCGUACGCCUCGGUGGAGGAGGUGUGCUGGCUCUGCGCCCAGAAGUUUAAAGUGUCGGACCCGGAGAACUACGGCCUGUUCCUGGUGAUGGAGGGCAGCAGCCAGCAGCUGGCCCCGGACACACACCCUCAGAAGAUCAAAGCGGAGCUCCUCAGCCGCUCCGAGGCCACGCCCUUCCACUUUGUCUUCCGCCGCGUCGCCAACAGCAACGCCUCGUCAUCAUCAUCGUCAUCAGCUUGCUUUGAUCUCACAGCCAACAUCAAAGACCUCUCUGUGGCCUCUGACUCCCAGGCCAACCUCAAUUUACUGCCAGAGCCACCUGAGUGAGCUCAGCAUGGACAGGUACCUCAAAAAAGUCUGA